UGUGUGUGUGUGUGUUUGGGUGUGUGUGGCUGGAAGAGUGUCAGAUGAGGACUGCGGUUCAUUAAUUAGAGUAAAUUACCCUUUCUUGUUUAUGGCAUAUAAAUCUCAGAACCCAGAGUGACCAUGCAGACCCUCACUCCUCAUGUUUACUGGGCUCAGCGACACGGAGAGAUUUACCUCCGGGUGGAACUGAGCGAUGCAAAGAAUCUCGACAUCGGCCUGCAAGAAAACAACACGCUUCAGUUUAGAGCACAGGGCCAUGGAGCUAAAGGAGAUAAUGAAUACGAGUUCAGUUUGGAGUUCCUGGAACCUGUUAGACCAGAGAUCAACCACAAGUCCACCCAGCGUCAGGUGGACAUCAAGAUCAGGAAGCAGGAGGAGCGCUGGUGGGAUCGGCUGACACUGCAGGAGAAGAAGCCUCUGUUUUUGGCUCCCGACUUUGACCGCUGGCUGGACGAGUCCGAUGCCGAGAUGGAGCUUCAGGCUAAGGAAGAAGAGAAGAUUAACAGGAUAAGUGUGGAGUCAAGAGUUCGUAAAGACCCCUACCUCGGCCUGAAGAGAGGCUAUUUGUUUAUGUACAACCUGGUGCAGUUUCUGGGAUUCUCCUGGAUCUUUGUCAACAUGACUGUUCGACUCUUCAUUCUUGGUCAAGAUUCGUUUUAUGACACCUUUCACACCACCGCAGACAUGAUGUAUUUCUGUCAGAUGAUGGCGGUGAUCGAGGUCAUUAAUCCCUUGUUGGGUCUGGUUAAGACUGGAUUUUUUCCUGCUAUGAUACAGGUGGCAGGGAGGAACGUCAUUCUGUUCGUUAUCUUCGGCAGUCUGGAAGAGAUGCAGAACAAGUCGGUAGUCUUCUUCGUGUUCUACCUCUGGAGCACCAUCGAGAUCUUCAGGUACCCUUUCUACAUGCUGGCCUGCAUCAGCACAGAGUGGAAGCUGCUAACGUGGCUGAGAUACAGCCUCUGGAUCCCUCUGUACCCGCUGGGCGUUGUGGCUGAAGCGGUGGCUGUCAUCCAGUCCCUGCCCAUCUUUGAUGAGACGCGUCUGUUCAGCCUCCCCCUCCCUGCGGUGCUGGGACACUCUUUAAGCUUCUCCUACACUCUGCAGCUCUACCUGGUCCUCAUGUUCCUGGGACUCUUCAUCAAUUUCCGACACCUGUAUAAGCAGAGGAGGAGACGAUACCGCACGAGGAAAAGGAAAGUCCAGUAACUGAUCAGCACCUUGAUAUUGCACACACCCUCUGAACUGCCGGCCACCUAAAGAUAAAGCAGCUGUUUCCUUUUCCUCUGAUUGCCUUUUCUUAUCUUUCCUACACACACACACUCACCUGAUGUUGGCGUACUGGUCACCUUAUUCCUCCACUGGUGAACUGGGAACGUUAUUCAGACCAAAUCCUACUGUACCUGCUCGACAUCUCACUGCUGAACAGGCAAGGUUGAUCCAGCUAUACUACUGUGAGUUUGAGUUGUUACUCUGUUUGUUCCGUUAAACAUGUCCAUCAAGAUUUCUGUCCACGUCUGCUGUCACUGUCUAAUUUUUUUUUAUUCCUGAUAGUUCUGUUGCAAUAACAUUUUUUUUUUCUUUUGAUUUUCACGUUUACACGAAGUGUUUCCUUUCUGAAAAUAUAGGAGUCAUUUGAUUCAAAAAUUAGUAGUUACCAUCAGAACGGCUCUUCAAAACACGUUUUAAUGGCUCUUUAACCCACAAAUCACAGAUGCAUUUACACAUUUAUUAACCUGUUAUGUUGUUGAGUUUUAAUGCAACUGAAAGCCAAUACAGCUUUGAAAAUCUUACGUGGUGUCUUCAAGUAUGCUUCACAAUCUGGCUAUUUAGAUUUUUCUGCUUUAUUUUAAAUGCAUGCAUGUGAAAUCAUGUCAUCAUCUCCCUCAUGUUUUCUGCUGGGGUUGUCUGAUAUCUCACUUUUUUUUGUCAAAUGACUGAAUUCUCAAAUGUCAGAACGUACCUCAACACACCACGAGAGUCUAAAAAUUGUUCCCGCUUGCCACUGCACAAAGACUGACAUCUCAAGCUAGUUUCAAGACUCUACAAGUUGCUUUUGAACUUGUGGAUUCUUGGAAAAUCAGUCAACAGCAUUGCAAAUUUUACAUAAACUGAAGUUGAUAAGCUAUAACACCACUUUUAUGGUUCUUGAAUCAAUAGAGAAAUUAUUUCAGAUGCCUUUGCAUGAAAUAACUAUGAUGUAACUGUUAGGGGUUUUGUUUUGUUUGUGUUUUGUUUUCAGAGGUGCAUUACUAACACUAUGCCUUUGAUGAAGCCGUUAGCCAUUUACUGCUUUGAAUAUUACCCUAGCUAUGCAAAGUACCGUAGAGGACAUAUUUACAGUGGGAGAAAUAAGUAUUGAAAAUGUCAACAUUUUGUUCAGUAAACAUAUUCCCAGUGGGGCUAUUCACAUGAAAGUUUCACCAGACAUUGACAUUAACUCAAAUAAUCCACACAUAUAAAUAAAUCCAAACAUUGAAGACCAUCAAUAAAGUUAUGUGUAACAAAGAGGAAUGUCACAGGAAAAAAGUACACUCUGGGCGUCAUUCAGCGACUUUUAAGUCCCCAGAUCUCUUUUCAAGGAACUAAAAGGUUCCUUCGGCCCACUGUUGUGUGCGUUUCCACCAUGGUCUAAAGAAGAAGAUUAGGCAAAUUAACCAGCUGACAUAGGCUGUAGGCCUAUACGCCAUACAAAGCGAUGCGCAUGCAUCAUUAUUUGUAACCACUAUACAUGAGCACAUCCACCCAUCAUCAACCGCUUAUCCUGCGCACAGGGUCGCGGGGCUAUACAUGAGCAUUAUUUCUAAAUAAACAUCAGAUUUGACUGGAAUAUAAUGACAAACUAGUCUAUAGGCUUAGUUUGACCAUUAAAGCAGCUUUUUUGUGUGGGAGUAUAAUGAAGAGACACACAAUAAAGUCUGUUACACAUUUAAUAACUGGAUAAAGCCAUAAAGUUCUUAAAAUAACUCCAGCGCAGAGAAAGCCACACAAAAAUAAAAUCGCGACAGUUUGGAAGGUUAUUAAAAUAUUUCCAACCGACAAGAGCUGUAGAUCAGCUGCAGCACUCACGUCUGUGUCCACCUGCGGCAGAGGAACGGGAUGUUUAACGAGCUUAAAUGUAAAUGCUCCGUAUUUGUUUUGCGCCUUUCUAGUCUUUUCGACCGCUCAAAGCGCUUUUACACUACAUCUGCAUUCACACACAUUCAUUCACUGAGCCUGUGCUCAAACAGAUACACACAUUUAUACACUGGCGGAACAGCCGCCAGGGGCAAUUCAGGGCAUUCGCCAACCUGAUUGGCACAUCCCAGCCACUGUACCUUGAUUAGCAUAUUUGCGUUCAGUGUGUGCAUGUUGCACUUUAGCCUAAACUAAUUUCUGCAGAGAUUUUCUCAUUUAUCUGCAAACAAAAACUUACAGUACCAUUACUGAUUUCUACACAUUGUUGUCUUUUGAUUAUGGAUGAAGGGAGAUGACAGGGAGAGAGUUAGAGGGGUAUAACAUGCAACAAAAGGUCCCUGGACUAAUAAUGAAUAAACCAAAUUUAGAGGAUGCUUAUCAAAAAUUUUGGCGUGUGUGUUUAUGUUAAUCAGCCAUAGAGGUGUGCGAUUUGUAAUCAAUCCAUCCAUCCAUCGUCAACCGCAGGGGGCAGGAGCCAAUCCCAGCUGACAUCGGGCGAAAGGCGGGGGUCGCCAAUCCAUCGCAGGGCCACACAUAGACAACCAGUCACACUCACACCUAAGGAGGAUUUAGGGUCACGAAUGAACCUCAUGUCUUUGGACAGUGGGAGGAAGCGGGAGCAACCGGAGGGAACCCACGCAGACACGGGGAGAACAUGCAAACUCCACACAGAAAGGCCGGGUUGCCAUUUAAGACCACAAACUAACCACCGCGCAGAAUAUCAAGAAUAUGAAAAGCUUUGGGAGUCAGCUGUCCGCGUUAGGCCUGAACCAGCCAACUUACCGGCACAAGUUCAAGCACCACUGUGCUGAUGACGGAUUUAAAGCCACUACGACAACAGCUAUAGACAAAACUCAGGGCUAAUGUAGCAACAGCUGAAAUUGUUUACUCCUACUUACACGGUUUGAUGUCAGCAAUAUUUGUGCUGGUGAUUUCAGUGUUUUUAUACUGUUUAAUGCUUCAGUUUUAAAUAUUAAAAUCAUUAAUAUUAAUAUCCUAUUGUUAACCAUCCCUGUUCGGCUCCUAGAAAAUAGUUGGGAAGUAGCCUACAAGGGAGACUUUGUUGUUCUCCAGGGCUGAAGUUGAACUUCAGGGCCAACCCCCUUCACUCUUUCUUCAACAGCUGGAAAGCAACACAUGGGAGCUCUGCAUUAGACUUGAGAAGCUGCAGUCUUAAUUCACCGCUGUAACUUAAAUUAGACAUUACUGCUAAACUAAGGGCUUAUUGCUGACCCGUUGCUCUCUGCUCUGCUGUUCACACACACUCCUCUUCCUCUACCUCACGCUACACUCACACAUGGCUUUUUCAAACUCUUUUUUGAAGGAUGCCAAAUAUUGUCUCGACAAAAUCCCAGAAAUAUAUAGAUAGAUAGAAGUUUUUGUCAAUAUCGCACACCCCUAAUCAGCCACUCUUUUGUUGUUAUUUUGUCAUUCUCAAAUAUCAGUAUUGGUAUCAUAUCUUAAAACUGUCGUGGGUUUCAUCCAUGGAUUCGAGCUGUACUCCUGACAAUAGGUGAAACCAUUAUCCAGGCAAACCUAGUGGCUAAAAAGUCGGGUUAAGACAUGACCCUAAUUUGAUGUGUGUUUUUUCAUUUGAAGCCCAGAUUUCCAGACUGAACUGGCCCAGUGAAAUGAAAGAUUCAAGAUUCACCAGUGUAGAAUUCUGGGACAGGGGAAAUUGUUAAAUGUCCUGAUGAGCCGUCCAUAAUUUUUUCCACUGACUGUACUUGAGUUCUUUGUUUUCUUUUGGCCGUUCCAAUCUGUUCAUCUUUGAGUCUUGUUAUUUGUUUGUGUUUACUGAAGUUGUUGCUGUGAAUUUGUUUGUUUCAUUUCACAUAAAUUUUUCUUAGGGUGUCUUUUGGGACGGAUGUGUAUUGGACAUACAGCCUGAUUUAGAGUAUUUAUUGCAUUAUAGGCAAACAAAUUCAGACUAAUGCUGCAUUUGAUCACAGUUAUGUUUUCCUGACAAAAAUAAACAUCCGAAUUCCUA